AUGAAAGCGCUGGUUUUGAUUAUUGCUCUGUCUUCCAUUGCCUCCGGCUAUAAUGAUCGUCCGGCGCCGGAGCUGCUGGCAAAGGUUGGACAGUACGCGUACUUUGUAAGAAACGUUGCUAUAAACUACAGCAGCAGUAAAUACUCCAAUAAUUAGGGGCUUUUUUAGUACAACCCCAACUUCCUACUGCCGGCUACCGAACUCGAAGCAUACUGUACAUCUUACGGGUUUCUCCCGGCCGCUAUUCCAGAUGCCGCACAAAACCAGCAGAUUUAUGGUGGGUAUACAGUAAAAAUCAAUAGAAACAAUUGCCGGAUAUGAGAUGCAAAGGGAUACAUUUUUGUUGCAUCCAAGAUGCGUUAGGAUGCAUUUUUUGCUAUGCGGUUUUAUGCAGGCGUGUGGAAUUUCCAUUUUGCAGAUGGCGAUGGGAAACUGCACAUCCUUUUCCUCCCAGAUUUUUGAUUUGAUUGCAGACAUGAUGUUGGCUCAAUAUUUACAGCCAAUGUUGCAAAAUUGUUUGACCAGCUAACCAAUGAGUUGAAAUGACCACCGAAUUUUUUAAAUGGCCAGCCAGAAACCUGGAUCGGCCAGCCAAGGUGUCAGAAUGGCUGUAAAGCCUGAAAAAAGCUGGCCACCGAGUAGUUCAGCUUUUUUGAGGCUUCAUAGCCAUUCUGACACUUCGACUAGCCGGUCCAGCGUUUUUGGCUAGCCAUAUAAAAAAAUGGUUGUCAUUUCAACCCAUUGGCUAGCUGAUCAAACAAUUUUGCAAUAUUGGCUGUAAAAAUUGGGCCAACAUCAUGUCUGUCUCCAAAUCAAAUAUCUGGGAGGAAACGGAUGUGCAGUUUACCCAUCGCCAUUUGAAAAAUGAAACUUCCACAUGUCUGCAUAAAACCGCGUAGCAAAAAAUGCAUCCUAGCGCAUCUUGGAUGCAACAAAAAUGUAUCCCUUUGGGACUCAUACCCGGUCGGAAAAGGCGGAGCGUGUGCUACAAGUACUAUAGCCAUAUUUUAGAUAACAUAUUCCAAAUUUAUGCCAAGUUCCAUCAAAAUAUGAGCAUCGCACUUACAGUACUCCCUCCCUCUGUUAUAUACAAAAAUAGGCUCUUGAUUUUAGCCCUUCAUUUCAGCCGCCCUCUACAGCAAAGUUGAACCCUUUUCCGUCGCCGCAAUUGGCCUGAAAUUCAACAAUGAAACUUUUGCAUGGCUCGAUGGCUUCACCAAAUACGAAUAUAACAACGCCCGCAAUGACACAGAUACGGAUGGGGAUCAACUUUACGGCAUCAUUCUGCAUACGGACGGCGAUUUGGGUGGGAAGUGGACCCCUGUGUCCGCGAAAAAAAUACUUCGUUAUGCGUUAUGCGAAAAACUUUCGUAA